AUGGCAAUGACAUCACGAGUUCCCUUCCAACUUACCGGCCGCUAUGCUGAACGUAGCAAAUGGGAGGUAGUCAACGGCCCAGGAGACUCCCGACCAACCGGACGAAAUGUAGUCGAGGAUGAAGGUCUUGUCGGAGCUAUGGGCGACAAAGUCUUUCUCAUUACGGGCGUGUCUUCCGGCAUGGGGCCUGAAACCGUACGAGCUUUGGCAUUGACAGGCGCCACCAUCUUCGCAACGGCGCGGAACCUCGACAAAGCGCGGGACGCCCUCGGGGUUUCUCUCCUCGAGACGGGGCGCGUGCACCUCCUGUUCAUGGACCAGGCCGACCUUUCGAGUGUCCGGAAAUGCACCGCUGAAUUCCGGCAGCAAAGCGGUGGCAAGCUUAAUGUUUUGAUCAACAAUGCUGGCGUCAUGAAGACACCUGAAAGUCGUACGAAGGAUGGCUUUGAACUACAGUUCGGAACGAAUCAUCUAUCGCACUUCCUCCUCUUCUACCUGCUGAAGGAUCUUCUGCUCGCCAGUUCGACUCCCGAGUUCCACUCACGCGUGGUGAAUGUUUCGUCGUUAGGCCAUCGCUACGGUCCUGUACGUUUCGACAACUUGAACUUUGAGGGCGAAUAUGAGGGUUGGACUGCGUACGGGCAGUCUAAGACGGCCAAUAUCUAUAUGGCGACCCAAAUCGAGCGACUCUACGGCGCACAGGGCUUGCACGGGUACAGUCUCAACCCGGGCAGUUUCGCCAGUCCCAACCUGCAGAAAUUCUGCCGGGAAGAGAUGAAGGCCGCAAAGAGCAACGAGCGGAUAACGAAGUAUUUCGUCAGUCUAGAGCAGGCGUGCGCAACGAGCGUCUAUGCUGCCAUCUCGAAAGAAGUAGAGGGCAAAGGGGGUUUGUACCUCGAGGGCGCGUCAGUGGCUGGCCCCGCGCCGGCGGAUGGCGAUGCGAUUGAGUACGGGUAUGGCGAGUGGGCGUUUGAUGGUGAGAAAGAGGAGAAGCUGUGGGAGGUUAGUAUAUGA